AUGAUGAAGGUGCCGCUGAUGAAAUUGAAGGAGGUCAGGACGAAAUUUCUACGACGGGCUCCAUCCUAUACGGUAUGCAACCCCCUGACGCCUUCUGAUAUUCCCAAUCUCACAAUAUUCAAAGGUAUUGUGCCAACAAAGAUUGUCGGUGUUCGGUUCUACAAAGGUCACGCCAACCCUGGUGAACGUGUCUUUGUCCGUCGUGACCCUUACAAUCAGUAUGAUCGAAAUGCCGUCAAGGUGGAGAAUGUGAUGGGUGCACAAAUCGGCCAUCUGCCGCGUCAAAUGGCGGAAAGGAUUGCACCUUUUAUGGUAGAUAUGUCGGGCCCUCAUUCAUUGGACGUUAUUGAUCGUACUAGGAUUCCGGUGAACUCCUCUUUGAAGGGACUCUGA